CGCAGUCAAUUCUUGCUCAAUAUGUAUCUUCUUGUUUUUCAGGCUCAAGAACAUUUUAACAACCAGUCAGUAAUGAUAAAAAUCAAGGUCAACAGUACAAUGCUGAAGGACGAUUGGCUGGUAUUUUACAAGAACAAUAAAUCCAUUAAUGGGCCCGAAACAUUGAAGAACAUGACACGAUACGCACAAACUGUAGGCGCGUCCAAUAAUUCUAUUUUAUAUCAUGCUUCAGGAUACUCUAUAUAUUCAGAGGACAAGGGGAAAGAGGACAACUAUAGUAAGCUUUUGUCAGACGUCUGCACAAACGGGACAUUUUGCAGAGGACCAAGCGCGGUGAUAUUUGUGGAGUUUCAAGGACAGUAUAAUCCACGCAGCAUGGUGAGAGGAACGGCGGGCACGUUUGGUGUGCACAAGGUCUAUUUUACUCUUCAAGACUUAAAAACUAUGAACGCUACAUUCGCGAACUGCAAACAAGGAAAGAGGCGAAGAAGAAAAGGACAAGGAAACAAAGGAAAAGGAAAAGGAAAGAAAGGAAAAGGUAGAAAAAGUGAAGCAACAAUAAAAAAGGCCGGGCCAAAAUAAAAGUACGAUGCUUUAAAUAAA